GGCGGUCGUUCCCCCUCGCUUGCUCCCGAUGAUUCCUCCUCGCUCGCGUACGAUAGUGCGGGCGCUUUGGAGCCUUCAACGACUGAAGCAGCUGCGGACCCACGAAGACUGCCCUCCACUUCUCCAACGCAAGACCAAGUUGUAGUGAGGGCAGCAUUGGAAGGGGAUAUCGAGCGAGGAG